CGUAAUUACGUUAAUCAUGUUGUUUAUUUUCACAGAAAUUAAAUUUAUCCUUAUUUCCUUUAUCAUAACAACACAUUAAACUGUUUUCAUUCAUUAGGUUAAUGUUUAAAACUACAACAAUUAACAGAGAUUCUUUAAUUGCUAUUAAAAUCGUUUUGUUGUUCAGUUGUAAUUUGUGUGGAUAAAAUGUCAAAGACUAAUGAAAGACCAUUGAAAAUUUUGAUAACAUCGAUGAUCAGUGUUGGUCAUUUAAAUGCCUGUCUUGGAAUUGGAUUGUUACUUCAUAAACGUGGGCAUGAUGUUUAUUUUGCUCAUUAUCUUAAGAAUCGUUCGGUCAUUGAAUCAAAUGGAAUGAAAUUCAUCUCAUUAUCGGAGUAUAAUAAUAAUUCAGAUUAUAUUAUCCAUGAAGAUUUACCUCGACCUCCAGGAUUUUUUAAAUCUAAAUUUGAUCAUGCAAUGAAAUUUUCACCACUCGAAAUGAUCAAAGAUGAGCUAAACAGUAAUAAAGAUAAUGUCGGUUUCCUGAGUCUCCUUGAAGCCUCAAUUGGUGAAAAUUAUUCAAUGUUGAACAUAAUUGACCAGUUGAAACCCGAUGUAUGUUUAACCGAUUACCUUUGGGUCAUGCCUUGGAUGGUAAAGGUUAAUAUUCCAGUGGUACCUAUCAUGUCAACCUCACCUAAUGACCUUUACAAUGGACCACCUCUCAUGUCAGGAUAUUCUAUCAAUAGUUCACCUCAACUUUGGAAAGAAUAUAAUUCACUUCGAGAAAGGUCCGAAUUACGAUUUGUAGCUCGAGCUAGCGAGAUUUUUAGCUCUUUUGGUGUUGAAUAUGUGCCAAGAACUUAUGCUAAACAAUUGGGAAUUUAUAUCUACCCUGGACCUUUGGAUUAUAAAGAAUUGGGCCCUCCCAUGAAACCAUGGAUGCGACUUGAUUCAGCAAUUAGAUUAACAAGUUCAACUGAAUUUGUGAUUCCUGAUAAGCUUAAAGAUGGACCUGGUAAAUUGGUUUACGUUUCAAUGGGAACUUUGGCUUCAACAGUUCCUGAAAUGAUGAACAUGAUGAUUUCUGCUUUAUCCAAGUCACCUCAUCGUUUUAUCAUUUCAACUGGACCUUUUGGUGAUUCAUAUAAGCUUUAUGAUAAUAUGUGGGGUGAUAAGUAUCUAGAUCAAGUGUCCAUAUUACCUAAAGUCGAUCUAUUCAUCACUCAUGGAGGUUCAAAUUCACUGAUUGAAAGUCUUACUGUUGGAAAACCACUUCUUGUGAUACCUCAAUUUGGCGAUCAAUUGGCUAAUGGCCAACGAAUUGUUGAUCUAAAAUUGGGGGAUAAGAUUAACCUGUGGGAGUUUAAUGAAGAAAAAUUAGUUGAAAAGAUUGAUCUUGUUCUUAAUGAUGAUCUUAUUCGUGCCAAUGUUGCCAGAGUUGCGGAAGAAUUGAAGAAAUCAGACUCAACAAAUGAAGUUUGUUCUGCAAUUGAAAAUCUCGCUCGAGCCAAGGAACCAUCAGUCUAGUUGAUUAACAACAAUUAACCAGUUGAAUUAACGUUUGCACUUUUAUCCUCAUCUUCAAACAUACUAAUUGAAUUGCGCGCGAAAAAACUUGAAUCGUUCAAGAAAAUUAUUACAAAGUUUUACCUGAAAGUUUGGUUCGUAUCGAUCAAAUUGUAAUUUAGCUGUAAAAAAAUGAUCGAAGUGUUUCAAUUUUGAUUUCAUUAGUCGAUAUUGUGAGAAAAUCUGAUAAAUUUCAGUCAAGAUAAUCAACUAAUAAACUCAUUUUAAUUGA